AUCCGUGCUUGAUUCUUGAUGGGUUUAAAUUGUUAGCAAUAAUCCGCAUCAGACGAUUGCAUUGUCGCUGUGAACAAGCACACACUCGCACUCGCAGACACACCACGAGCACGAAAAAUUUGCAAUUGGAUCAAUGCCAAAAAAAAUCAAACAACAUUGAACCGCAUUAGACAGCAGAAAAAGUGAAAAGAACAGCUGGCAAAGAGCACGCACCUGGUGUAGAAACAGGCGGAAACCCUCCCAUUCAGUUGAUAGCAACAGCCCCAACCCUGAGUACACACAGGCCCACGGCACAAUCAAAGCGCAAUUGAAAACAGCAACAAAACCAAAGCACACAGAAGAGGGGGAAAAAAACCGGCAUAUAAAACGAGCUUACGUAAGCCACUCGCAAAGAGACUCGAACUCGUUAAUUACGCCCCCAACACGUUAAUUGCCGCCCCAAAAUGGCUCAGGAAUUAACCCUUAUCGAUGUGGACAAACCGCUGUACGAUCUGACGACCUUCGCUGGACGCUUCAAGUACUAUGCCUGGAUGACAGAUCCCCGUACAGUGAUCCAGCCCAGUGAGCGCCUGCUGGAGGCCAAGGAAAUGAUUGAAAAGUAUCGACACGGAGGCCAGUCCCUGGUGCCAGGCAAAGCGGAGGAUGUGCAUUACAACAUGAAGUUGUAUAGCUCGGCCUUCCAUCCCGAUUCCGGGGAGCUGCAGAACUUUUGCGGUCGCAUGAGUUUUCAGGUGCCCGGCGGCAUGCUAAUCACUGGCGGAAUGUUGGCCUUCUAUCGCACUGUGCCGGCUGUGGUGCUCUGGCAGUUUAUCAAUCAGUCCUUCAAUGCGGUCGUCAACUAUACAAAUCGCAAUGCCAAUUCGCCCACCAGUGUUACGCAGCUGGGCGUGGCCUAUGUGUCGGCCACAACAUCGGCCUUGAUUGCUGCCAUCGGAUGCAAGAACUACUGGUCGAGGAAGGCCACUCCAUUGUUCCAGAGAUUUGUGCCAUUCGCUGCUGUGGCAGCGGCCAAUUGUGUCAACAUUCCGCUGAUGCGACAGAACGAGAUACUCAACGGUGUGGAGGUGAAGAACACUGACGGUGAGAUUGUGGGCCAGAGUCGUCUGGCUGCCAUCAAGGGUAUUAGCGAGGUGGUCAUAUCGCGGAUUGCCAUGGCAGCACCGGGCAUGCUCGUACUGCCACUGAUCAUGGAACGUUUGGAGAAACUGCCCGCAUACAGGCGCAUCAAGUGGAUAAAUGCUCCAUUCCAGACCCUGAUGGUUGGAUGCUUCCUCUGCUUCAUGGUGCCCUCAGCCUGUGCUUUCUUCCCGCAGCAAUGCUCGUUGGACACCUCUACCAUGCGCACCUUUGAGCCGGAACUCUAUGAGGAUAUGAAGAAGAGAACCGACGGAAAUGUGCCCAAGCGUGUCUACUUCAACAAGGGUCUGUAAGAACACAAGACAUGAUCAUUGGUGUUCAAAAAAGGAAAGACAAUAAUUUAGUCAAUUGUCAUCGUCGUUGUUGUUUUCUGUGUAGCAUUUAUUUUUUCAGAUCGCGCAAUAUUUAUAGAUUGCCAAGUGUUUGUUCCUUGUGUCUCGUCUCAAUAGCUGGAAAACUAGAUAGUAUUUAAGCUGAAAAGUAUCUCAACCUAAUGGAAAAUGUAUCUAUCACUCAAUUUGUACUUAAAGGGUAUUACUUUUUGUGUGUGCGUGUAUUUCUUGUAGGAACUGUAUUUGGAAAACUGUGUUGCUGACUAGCUUUUAGAUUUGUUAAAUUUUAAGCUUCAUCAAUUGGAUAUUAACCACUGCUCUGAUCAAAUUAAUUCGAAUAAUAUAAAUUUGUGAAUUUAUUUCUUUAGAAAACUUGAAUCUUGUAGCUAAGAAAACUUUCAAAUUAGGAAUAUUUUAUUAACCUUUAAUUGGCAUACAACUUCUUUGGUAUCUCUGGUUUUUUUAGUACCCUACACAGUACAGUGUUAACUCCAUUUAACAGCCACAAAUUCAAUUUAUGUUUUAAUGUUUUAGAACUAAUUUACUCACGUGUUCUGUUCCAUUAAGCAAAAAAGUGUUGAAUUAAAUGUUUACUAAUGCAAAUAAAAACUCAACUACUAAUCAAACACGAGUGACAUUUGUACGGGUUUUAAAAACGGGUUUAUUAAUUAUGUAUCCUGUAAAUAUGUAUAUUUUUAUAUAUUUCGAUAAUAUAUAACUUUGCGCGAUUUCAUUUAUAUUUUGAAUCUAUCGGUUUUAGUUUUUAUUUUCGGGUUUGUUUUUUUUAUCGUGUUGUAAAGUUUACAAAAAUGUGCAAAACACAACUAAUGUUUGUAUGUAUCUAUAGAAUAUUUAGAAAUAUCUAUCCUUUUUUGGGGGGAGGACUCUUCUCUCUCUCUCUUGAUCUCUUUCUCUUAUUGUUCGGCUGUGUAUCGUUUAGGUUUUCCGGCAUUUCUUAUAGUAUUUCUUGGACAUUCUCAAGGUACAAUUUUUCGUUUUGUUUGUCGUUAAUUAUUAUAUCUAGUUUUGUUUUUCUUUUGUUGGCACUCUCUUGCUUAAAAAUUCUUAUUAUUUUCGGUGCUAAAUAUUGAUGGAAAAACUUCAACACUCAGAGAUGUUCAAUAUGUGUAAAAUUCUUUUAUCUUAACAACAACAACAAAAACACCAA